AUGGCAUCCGAAAUGUCAGGCGAACAGAUGCAAGCAAAGAUCACCGCGGCCAGGCGCGAAGCUGAGGGUUUGAAGGACAAGAUCAAGCGCCGGAAGGAUGAACUGGCCGACACCUCACUGCGUCAAGUUGCGCAAAACCAAACCGAAGCCCUCCCCCGAAUCGGCAUGAAGCCGCGCCGCACACUGAAGGGUCACCUUGCGAAGAUCUACGCCAUGCACUGGUCGACGGACCGCCGUCACCUCGUCUCCGCCUCGCAGGAUGGAAAGCUCAUUAUCUGGGAUGCCUACACCACCAACAAAGUUCACGCCAUUCCCUUGCGGUCAUCCUGGGUCAUGACCUGUGCCUACGCGCCCAGCGGCAACUACGUCGCCUGUGGUGGUUUGGAUAACAUCUGCUCCAUCUACAAUUUGUCUUCGCGCGAAGGCCCAACUCGCGUUGCACGCGAACUUUCUGGUCACUCCGGCUACCUCUCGUGCUGUCGCUUUAUCAAUGACCGCCGUAUCAUCACUUCCUCUGGCGAUAUGACUUGUAUGCUGUGGGAUAUCGAGUCCGGUUCCAAGGUCACCGAGUUUGCCGACCACCUGGGUGACGUGAUGUCUAUCAGCAUCAACCCGACCAACCAGAACAUCUUCGUUUCUGGCGCCUGUGACGCAUUCGCCAAGCUGUGGGAUAUCCGUACCGGAAAGGCUGUGCAGACAUUUGCCGGCCACGAGUCCGACAUCAACGCUAUCCAGUUCUUCCCCGAUGGAAACGCCUUCGGUACCGGUUCCGACGACACCACCUGCCGCCUGUUCGAUAUCCGUGCCGACCGUGAACUGAACAGCUACCAGAGCGAGCAAGUUCUGUGCGGUAUCACCUCCGUUGCAUUCUCCGUAUCGGGUCGUCUUCUGUUUGCCGGAUACGACGACUUUGAGUGCAAGGUUUGGGAUGUUCUGCGUGGCGACAAGGUUGGCUCACUCAGCGGUCACGAGAACCGCGUGAGCUGCCUGGGCGUGAGCAACGACGGCAUCAGCCUGUGCACUGGAUCCUGGGACUCUCUCCUCAAGGUCUGGGCCUGGUAA